AUGGCUAAGGUUUUUGACAGAGUGGAUUGGUCCUUCCUAAUGGCUAUUAUGAAACCGAUGGGAUUCAGUGACAAGUGGUGCAAUCUCCUUCACCAUUACAUUUCUACUACAAAUAUGGUUGGCCUAGUUAACGGAGAUCCUGGUAAAUUUUUGAGGCCUUCCAGAGGUCUCAAACAAGGUGACCCUUUAUCCCUAUACCUCUUUAUUUUCUACAGAGAAUCCCUCUCUAGAAGUCUGGUGAACGCUGAACAGCUUGGCCUUAUUCAUGGAACUCAAAUUUCUCCUGGAGCACUACUUAUAAGUCACCUCCUCUUUGCAGAUGACUGCAUGGUUUUCUAUAAAGCUAAUAUGAACGAAUACAAUAAUCUGGUGGACAUCUUCAGCAGCUCCUCUGGUCAGAUGAUAAACUUCUUCAAAUAUGGAAUUUUCUUUAGCAAAAAUACUAAUCCUGACAUAGUCAACAACAGUAGCAACUUCAUGCAUGAUUCUGUGUGGGAGCAAGAAGAAUCAAAGACUGAUGCAACUCUGAAGGAGUUAGAGGAAGAAUACAAGUCAGAAAUCCAAGGAAUUCAACCUGGGUUACCAUCAAAUGAAGGAUGA